AUGAAGCUCACUUCUCUUGCUUCUACAGCAUUUUUUGCUCUUGUCCUUGCCGACAAGGUACCAUGGGAGCGUCUUGAGAUAGACAAGGCCGUCCUUCUCAUCCUCGAUCUUCAAGUCGGCUUAUAUGGGCUUGCAAGAGACUUUGACCCGACUCUAUACCAGCGAAACCUACUGGCCCAUGCUGCGAUUGGACAAAUCUUUGACAUCCCUGUCAUUCUUACUACCUCCGCUCAGACCGGUCCCAAUGGACCAUUACCAAAGGAAAUCUUGGAAAUGUAUCCCGAUGCACCUCUGAUCCAACGUAAUGGACAAGUCAGCGCCUGGGACAAUGAAGAUUUCAGAAAUGCUGUGCGCGCGACAAAUAGAUCGCAGAUUAUUGUAGGUGGCAUUGUCACGGAUGUUUGUACAACAUUCCUCGCCCUGGCUCUUCGUGAAGAAGGAUAUAGUGUCUGGGCCAAUGUCGAAGCUAGCGGCACAACGACGGAGCUUAUACGAGAUAUAAGUAACGACCGUAUGCGUCAAGCUGGAGUCAACAUCGUCUCGCUAUUCUAUAUCAUCUGUGAUCUCAUGAAAAAUUGGACUUUUGAACCUGGAAUUACCACCAUAUUACCUUGGCUGGACACUUACUAUCCUGCCUAUGGAUAUAUUGCCAGAAGCCACGCGGCAGCCAUUAAACAAGGCUCUAUCGCACCGGGAGAGCUUCAGCUCAUAUCGUCCGCGAAUGGGUCCUUGGAGUUGGAUUAG